GCUUAUGCCGUGAAUAUGUUGUUGUAAAGUGGUUGUUCGUCUCUCUCUCUUUCCCUUUUGUAUCAUCCGGUCUGUUUUCUUUUUUCUUAUAAUAUUCCUGUGCGUGAUAUUUUGUCCAUGAUUGUGCGAUAUAUUUGUUCCGAAUAUAUAUUGUCGAUACGAAUGUGUGUUCCAAGGAUUAAGAGGGAUAACGAUAAAAGAAAAAAGAGAGAAAAAAAAAGAAAAUAAAAAAGAAAGAAAGAAAGAAAAGAAAAAGAUAAGGGACAUGGUAGUUCGGCUAAUGAGUAUUUCGUCGACGUAAUGGUAAAUUCGCUGGUGCGUCCUCCUUACAGAGAAAUUACUGCUUCGAAUGAUUUUCAUUUAAUUUCUUAUACGUACUUCGUACUAGUAAUUUUUUUAGCUUUAGAAGAUUGUCGAUAUAGCGAAUAUCGUAAGGUAGAAAUGAUUAAAAACAUCAGGAAUUGUUUCAUCCUCUUAAACAUCGGUCACACUGCGCGGACAUGUUUCUCGAUAGAAAUUGAACAUUUGUAUAAACAAUUUAAAUACAAUUUGCUUCGAUUUGAUGGGUGCAACUACAUUUGCCGUUUAGAAUUUGUACGUUGCUCGUCGUGUUUACGAACAAUUGUUCGGAAAUUUCCGCCGUGUAUCAUCGUGUCGAGUAACGUUUGAUACGGUUGAAAUAGAAAUUUAGGAGAAGCGCGAGUGAACGACGAUGAAGAAUAAGGACGCGGAUCGUACGGAAAUUGAGUGUAAAAUCGAGAGAAAGAGAUGCUGCGAAAGGAACUGACUGUGUGGUAAAAGCGAACUCUGAAUCGGUCUGGUGAUCCGUACAGUGACGAUUGAAAUGUGAUAAGAAGGAGAAGCAACGGCAUAGUUGGGGAAAAGAGUAAUAUGCACAUGCAAGCGUGGCGAAAUGUUGGUCGAAGGAGGUUCCUAGAGAGGAAAAGUUGCGAACAAGGAAGAGAUACCUUGCGGAGAUGGUCGCCUCCUCAGUGACGAAGACAAGAGCCAGUCGUGAAACUUGAGGUCAAUUUGCAAAAGCUUUCUACGCCGCGAUAAAAGAAGGUAUUAAUUCCACACGGUGUACAUUUGUUUGGUUAAAUAGAAAAGUAACAUAGAGGAAAAAGUCGGCUAAUAUCUGUUCUGAGGAAAAUUCUUGGAGAACGUUCAACUUUAAAUUGUCGGAUUCCUGUCAGGCGUAUCGUUGGUCGACCACGCUCUUAAAUUCGUAGGCUAUUCUACGUAUAAAUGCGUAAAUCGAACGUAUGAAAUCGAAGAAUCACGUCACGGAGGCCUAGAACGAGCAAAGAAAAUAUUUAAUAAGAAUCGAGAGUUGUACAUGUGUGUGCAGAUAUGGGGAGUGUCGUAGGCAGCAACGUGAACGUGAGCAACGCGACGACGAGGAGGAUGGACUCGACGACGUUCCUGCCAGAAGCGACGUCGACCCUCAGCGAGCGGGAGCAACUGAAAAUCGAAUUUUACAAAACUUACGAUGUUAUGACCGGGGUUAGAAUCGCAGCGACUCUCGGUGGUUUUUUCGGUCUUAUGAUCCUUCUGCUUGUUUAUAAAAGCAGGUGUAAAUCGAGCAAGCAGUUGGAGGAUCCAAGACUGACCGCAGCUGCAGCCGCAGCGGUAGCCGAAGCAGAAGCCGAAGAAAGAGCCCUCGCAGCCGCUCUCGAAGCCAUUUCCAGAUUACCACCUAGACCGGAUCACGGCCCUAGAAGAUCUCUUUGUGUCGAGGUGUCGCAAUCUCAUUUGCCAAAAAUCGGCCCGCGUUUUGCAUCGGUUGGCGGUGGCUACGAGGCUCUGUUGACACCACCAACGAAGCAGCCGAAUUUGCCGCUUCCCGAAGAACAAAGAAGAUGCAGUUCGGUGACGUGUAGCAGCACCGGAAGUAGUUACCUCGAGAGAAGGGGGUCUGCGAUGCCGGUACCAUGUUUGCCGCUUCACCCUACGCUUUCCACGAAAUACGCUGCCCACGAUGAACCCUGGGAUCUCUAUUAUCCCAUCGAUAUUCAGGUAAUUCAACCAACCCCGGAGCUUUCCCCGUGUACAAGCGAAGCAGGUCUUUACGCGAACGAGGCGAUGAUCACAGCGACUAGCGGGAAAAGAGCACCAUUGGCUUCCAUGGGCAGUGUCGAUCCUCCGGAACCAGACUCAAGUUUGAAUAAUUCGAGGUCGCUUGGUUCCGACUCGGUCUUCCUAAGAAACGACGAGCAAGAAGAGUGUCUCGACACGGAGGAUGAAGUAUCUGGGUUCUCGACCGACUCCGAAGCACCCGGGCCAAGUUGUCGACGGUUUCUUCGGGUACCUUCGAAAAAGAAGAAAACGGUCGAGAAAUGGGAUGGUUGCUCUGGAUGUGUCCCUAGACGGCGGCCUGAAGGCAAACCUUGUCAAGCUUGUCGUAGUAUUAGCGCAGCUGUUGAAACUUCUAGGUCUCAGGCCGUCUCUACGAGCACCAGCAGCCAAAGUAGUCCCGGUUCUCCACCGUGUUCUCCAGCCAUCGAGCUGAGGCAUAGACCACCGCCGGCGCCGUUACCAACCAGUCCACCGGCCUGGUCGCAAGAAACGCUCUUUUAGUUCUCUAAAGAUUCGCCAGAACGUUUUCACAAACGGUCAGUAAUCGCACAAAGGUAUCCCUUCCGUGGGAAAUAGAGGAUGAAGAAAAUGAAGAACGGACAGUGACUUCCGAUCGAGUGACUUAGUUCAAGUUGGAAUUCUUCAUUGGAAUCGAUUGUAUGGAACUAGAAAAGAGUUAUUUAAACAGAUAGAGAAAAAGGUGUAUUGUUAUACGACGAAAUAUCUAGGAAGAAUAAUAAGGCUCGAAGGGAAUGGACGUAUAGAAGUAGGAAAAGGAAGAACACGAACAGACGAUGUUUGGAAAAAGAAUGGAAAAUUUGGGAAAACAUUAGGCUGUAAGAAACAGGAAGAACGUAAUACGAAGAAGAGUACGAGAAUUAUAAACGUUACAGGCAAAGAAGAAUACGGACGAGUCUAAGAAAAUGUAAUUAGGUGUAGAAAAUAAUAGGAAAAAAUAUAAAUAUCAAAACUGGCGGGCCAGCCAGCUGCGCUCGUAAACGGCCCGAACGGUAGAGGACGCGUCGCGAGUUUCGAAUCCUUGCCUGGGUAUAUUUGCAAAGGAUGGGAAAACCAAAAUAUAAAUAUCAAAACUUUAUCGAAGCGAAUAAGUAGAAGAAGGGGAUGCGCGACAAAUUAAAUCCAGUUUUUGUUUAAGACAAAAACGAGCAAAGAUCCAGGUUUUAUGGAGGAAAGAGAAAAAGCGGAGAACAGAGUUAACGAAUAUCGAUCAAGAUAUGAAAUAAAUAUAAAGGAGAAUACCAAGAGGCGCUUGUAUAGUAACGUUUAAGCUUAACAUACGAAUAAAGAAACAGAAGCAAAUACUAACAGACUAAUUAAUUAAUCGUUAAACGAACUGUUGUAAAAAGAGGAAAAUGCGUAGCGUACUAUAGAUAUAUAUUGUAAAUAACAAACAGAAAAAAGAAAACGAAGGAAAUAACUCGAAUUCGUUCUUUUCGUAUUCAAGGAAAAGAAAAAAAGAGAAAAGAAAAAGAAGGAGAGCGAACAAUCAUGUCAUGUUUGUAUCGCGUUAGAGAGAAAAAAAUCAAAACUUUUAAAAAGACGUUGAUUUAGUUGUGCGUGGAAAAAAACGUGAAAAGUACUUCUCGUCGAUCAUUUUUUGUUUUAUUUUUUAAUACUUGUCUAUAUAUAUGUACGUAUGAUAUGCGCAAUUAAAAAUAAAAGUAUAAGAGUUAGAUUAAUCGAAAGGUUGAAGGGGAAAUGACGAUAUAUCUUUUCCUUUAAAUCAUAUAAUUACAUUACUCUCAUUAUGGUUUUGCGUUCUACGAAAAUAAAAUUGUUCCGAAGCAAA